AUGCCUCAACCAAGAAUCGAAAGGAAAAUUGACCAAUUGAAAAAUAUGAUCAGACCAGUAUUGUAUUUUUCCAAAAAAAUUGAGUCUAUAGUAGAUUUUUGUGCUGGAAGUGGGCAGUUAGGAGUUUUGAUUAAUUGUAUGCUUCCAAAUCAUAAUAUUAUUUUAGUUGAAAACAAAGAAGAAUCAAUAAUAAAAGCUAAACAAUUGGCAAUGAAUCAAAAAAAUAUCACAAUUCAUCAAACCAAUCUGGAUCAUUUUCAGCAGUCAUUUGACUUGGGCAUAUGUUUACAUGGUUGUGGUUUUGUAAGCGAUUUCGUCCUUCAGAAGUGCAUCAACCAAAGAUCAUUCUUCGUCAUAUGUCCGUGUUGUUAUGGCUCUAUCAAGGAAACUUCUAAGAUUAAAUACCCACAAAGUAAAAUGCUGCAACAAGUAUUUUCUCAUAACGAAUUCAUAACAAUAGCUCAUUCUGCUGAUCAAACCCAACAACAUACUAUAAAAGAAGAAAUUGGAAAGACCUGCAUGUCUAUUGUUGAUCUUGAUAGAUCUUUGAAAGCACAGGAAAACGAUUACAAAACAUUUGUUUAUAAAAUGCAACCUGAAAGUUGCUCACCAAAAAACAAUUUGAUUAUUGGAAUUCCAUUGGAAAAAUGUUGA